AUGGCUCCCGGUAUACACCCACCAUGCACUCCGACCUCAUCGUGUACACCUCAACGAUGUCAUCCUACACCACCACCAUGCCCGAAACCAGAAAAAUGCCUGGAAAGAUCCUCAAAAAAGGGGUCAAAGCCGUGCCCGAGUGCGGUCUCCAUAUUGGCAACAAAGUCAAAAUUAAAAUGUAGUGAUUGUAGCAAGUGUGGUGGGAGGACGAAUGUCAAGAACCAAAACAAAAUAAUAAAAAAGUAUCUCAAAACAAAAAGGAAAGAAUCCAAAUUGAAGGCAGAGGAUAGUCGAUCCGGCACCCAUCGCUACGAAGAUUAUUUGAAAAAGAAGAAAGGCUCAGCGAGAUAUGCAGAUCCGUGUUGUCAAGGCAAGGGCCAUAGAGGCGUGUUAGACGCUAAAAAAACGCCCAGAUCUAGGGGCAAGAAAUGUGUAAUUUUGUAG